AUGGAUAAUAUAUCAAAUAACGAGUUGGCUCCAGCAGCUUCACAGUCUCACUUAGCAGGCGCUAGCUACAUAAACGGUCGUGAUUUUCUGACCCACUUUGCAAAUUUAUCUAGCCACGAACGUCCUAAGUCCAAAUCCCCAAAUAUCCCUUCCAGCACUAAUAAUAAUCCUUCCAAUACCAAUACUGCAGAUAUCUACUCAGCUAUUUUAAAUAGUCAGCAGCAACAACAGUCCCAACAACCUAUUUCUAUGGACGAGACUUUAGCUGCACCGACCAGUUUCUCAUCUCCGAUUCGUCAUCUAAGUGAACCUUCUAAUGCACCUAACCGCCGCUCUCCUAUAGUUGAAGAACCGAUGGAACACACGCCGCGUUCAUGCCGGACUUCGCCCUCAGUUCCAAUUAAAUCAUUCCAACAAUUUCAGCAGCAACGGUCUACUUCUCCUCCACGCAGUCUGGAUUCCUCACCAAAUCACAACAGUAACAAUAACAGUAGCAGUAUGGAACCACAAUCCAGCACUGCUUCUUCAACUGCAUCUGUCUUCUCGCUGACACAGUCGAGUCUUCAGGAGCUCAUGCGGAAAUCUGGAAGUUCAAUCCCAGCUGAGGAGAUUAAAAAGGCCAACAACUCGAGCCAGCUCUACCUCUUAGUUCCCAGCAACUAUCCCGUCCUCGUAGCUGUGGGCAAUGAACGAAAGAAAGCAUCAGCUGCUGCCGCUGUAGCUGCAUCCGCGGUGAACGAACCCACUACCCGGUCACUCCUGGAACGCUUCCAGUUUAACUCCUCCACCACGUCAAAUCCACCUCCUGCCCUUCCUCAACAGCCCUCUCCCACUGUCGUUCAGGCGGCACAAUUGGACGGUGGACAACGCCAGAUGAGUGCUGGCGUUAAUGCCUCCUUGCCUCGAGCUCCCAGAAAGAAUAGUACUAAUAUCCCACCAAUGAUACUGCAAUCACUCAAGGGUGUUGUGCCUCCGAUUAACUUUAGGGAAAUCCUCGAAAGUGGCGGGGCUGCGGGAAAUGGCAAUUCUGGUGGUAAUGCAAACCUCUCUUCAUUCACUCUCAGUUACGGAGCUAGUGAUCUUCCCUCUUCAGGUGCAGGCGACCAUCCAUCCCUUCCAGGGGACCGAAAGAAAUCCCUCACUGUCCCACCCGACGCCGCCUCCUCCUUUCUGGAAGGAUUUCGGGCGGCAACAGCUGCUGCUGCUGCUGCAGAAGUCAAGAUAAAGCCUCCUUCGAGUUCUGGUGCUGCUUCUACAACUGGCCCCUCUGGACCCGAUUCGGGUCUCUGUCCUUCUGCUGAUGGCCUGCUGGGAACGGAUUCGAACGGAAAUCUUGAACGGCGCCGAAGGGAUCGUAUCAACACGUGGAUAGCAGAACUCUACAAACUCCUACCACCCGAGCAACAAGCCAAAUCACAAUAUCAAAGCAAGGGUGUUGUUCUUAAACGCGUUUGCGAGUACUUCCAAAACUACGACGCCACUCUCAAAUCUUUGCGAGAGGAGAAUAGCAUCUUCAAACAGGAGAUUUAUCGUCUCACACGAGAAAAUCAACUACUACGAUCAAGUCUCAAUGCUGCGCAUUUUCAACAGCAACCAAGUUCUGCACCCUCAGGGACUCAUUCAGUAGCAGUAGGAGUUACUACUGAAUGUGAUGAUUCCAAAACUCCAUCGCCCUCGAAGCGCACUCAUUUUGUCACUUCGAACGACGUGAAAAUUGAACUGGAGACUGUCUCGGCCCUAGUCCUGUUCAGAUCUGCAGUUCUGAAACACGAACGAGGUUAG